UAUCUCAUGGACAGACAAGAUGGCAAGAUGACAGACAACGUGGCAAGAUCAACUCGGCUGGUAUUGCCGACAAAGAAUAUAUGUAUGUAUAUACUCUAUGGGAUUGCCGAAAAUUAUACGCCUUCUCCCGUUUUGAAUGAGUUCCGGGCAUAAAUAGAAAAUGAAACUGUAACGCCACGUCAGCUAAUUUGCCUGAAUUGCUGAUUGUAUAAAUAUAUAUGUAUGUAUAUGCAUGUAUAUGUUUGGGUAUCGUGACGUCAACUGGAUUCACAUUUCACCAUAUCGCAAUUGCAUUUGUGACGCAGUAAAAGUGAACCAACUGGAGUCUUGUUGGUUUUGUUACUCGUUCGCACAGUUUCACAACACUGUUUAGUCGCAUUCACAAACAGUUGAGUGUGCCAAUUCUAAGUGUUCAGUUCCAUAGCUCGAUUUGCUGCUUGUGUUUUUUGUAAUACAUUUCGGCUGCGAUGCAGGAGAACGAGAAUGAAGUGGAAUUUCAACGUGGCGAACUCACCCGGAAAAUGGAAGCUGGGAAGAACGUAGUUAUUCAGACCGAUCGGGCCGCGGUGCUGCGUAAUGAGGAUUGCCCAAAAGCGGAAUAUCAUUUUGUUGUUUUGCCCAAAGAGGACAUUGAAAAUGUGACAACGCUAAAACGGGAGCACCUGCCCCUUCUGGACCACAUGAUGGAUCUAGCUAACGAAAUCAUUGAGCAGCAGCCUUUGCCCUCCAAUCAUUUCCGGGUUGGCUUCAAGAUUGACGCGUUCAUGAAUCGCUUAAACAUGCACAUUAUUUCGGAUGACUUCUAUUCCAGCUUCAUGCGUCGCAUUCAGCACUGGAACACUUUUAACACAGACUUGUUUAUAACUUUUCAAGCUGUAUACGCACUUCUGCGCGUCAACGGUUCUGUUGAACCCAUGCCCGCCGACAAGGCGGAAGAAUUGCGUAUGGCCACGCCUAUCCAUUGCAACCAGUGCAGUUUUAUUACAGAUAACUUUAACAAAUUCAAGAUUCAUUUGUAUGACCAUUGGAGAAAACGACAAAAUGAGCAUCUAAGCAGAAUGGGCGUGGCAAGUUUGUCACAAUCAAUUGGACAAAUGCAUUUGAAUGCCAACAGCAACAUUUUUGGAUAUGCACCACCAAUGUGCAAUCCAUUUAAUGGAACUGCUGAUGCUAUGGGUGGGUGGACUGAUUUCUUUAGAAGAAACUUUCGAGGACCAGUUGGACAUCAGCAGCGACCAAACAUGAAUUUCCAGAGACCAUAUCAGAUGAAUAAUAAUGCACCGUCAUCAUCUCAGGCAAACAGCAAAGACUUUAAUCAGAUGUAUUUCAGGGCCCCGAACCCAGGAUUGCACAACAACCGUCUUGACUACAGGCAGCUAGUUAAAUCUAAGCAAACUGCUAAUGAUUUGCAGAAGACGAGCACAGCGAACACAGCUGAUAAGUCGAAUGGUUAUGCUACAUCAAAUAUAUGUCCUAACAAAAAUGACGGAUAUAUUCAGCAUCGUGUCCCGGAUCAUGCACAACGUAAUCCAAUCGAUGCAAAGCCGUUUAUCAAAAAGAAAUGGCAUAACAAGCCGAAGAAAAAGAACCAAAACCCGCCAGAUUCCAAGACAUCCAAUGGUAAGGAUAAUGCGCCUGGCAAGGCUUAACUUGGUUUAAAUGAUUCUUUAUCAUAUUCGAAAAUAUUCGACUGUUGUUCCGAGCGUUCUUAAUCUUAUACACAUGCAUAUUCAAUAUUUCAAAUACAAACUAUAUAUUCAUGCAAGAGUAAACCUAAUUUUAUGUAAAUUU